UUUUUUUUUCCACUCCCUCCUCUUUCUGAUGAAAGUUGUGAAACCGAAAGUCAACGGAUCAAAAUUGAGAACGGAAAUAUUAACGCUAUUUUCCGCAUUCUAAACUAUUCUGUCCCACCACAUCAACGAUUAGGCUAUAAUGAACAAUCACAACAUUCGUGCUUCUGUUUGGAAGGUGAAGGUGGACGCGCUGAAGCGGUUUCUUGUAUGUACUGUCGCCUGCACCUGUGUGGGUGUGAUGUAUCUACAGUGGACGUACAUUUGGAUGCUCAGGUCUGAAAUGACUGAAAUAACGCGGCGGUUCAGGCCCCUGGAUACAGCGGUGAAGGAAGGUGGGAUAUGCUGCGAUUCCGCCGUGUGCUACGGGGUUACAUCUUGUUAUAAGGUAAGCUGUUAUCACAGAUUCCCUGAGAGACGGACACAUGCAGAGGGCCGAGACAAGAGAGAUUUGUCAAAACAGAGAAAGAGACGAGAAAAGCAGCACACAUUUCUCCAUCUUGUUCCUGUGUCCUCGCAGACAUACAAUGAUCAUGACACCACUGUUCUGUCUUGGGCCGUAGGGCAGAGCAGAGGGCAGGGGCUUCAGGUAUCAGCUGAUACUGUAACAGUGGAGACUGAGGGUACCUACUUCAUUUACAGUCAGGUGCUGUAUAAAGACACCACCUGGGUAAUGGGUCAUGUGAUCACGAAGAGGCACAAGGGGGCGGAGACUAAACUGAUGAAGUGUUUAAAAAGCAUGCCCAGUAACGUCAGCCAGCCACUCAACACUUGCUACACUGCUGGAAUUUACUUCCUGGAGUCUGGAUCCACUCUUCAGCUCUCUGUUCCCCGCAAAUCUGCAGAGCUCAUCCUGACAGCUCAUGCCACCUUCAUGGGCCUCUUCAACAUUUGACUCAGACACACAUGUGAUUUACACGUUUAAAUGAUAGAAACCUUUUUAUCCUCUAGUUAAUCCCUUACAUGAGAACUUCAUACUUUCAUGCUCAAGAACAGUAAAUGCUUUUAUGUGGUGAGUGGAUGACACCUAGUGGACAAUUCAAACACUGCCAUGUUGGAAAUGGUACUAAAUGUACAAAAAAUUACGAUGGUACUAGUAUGUUUGGACAUGGUAUCAUAGUACUAACAAGGAAUUUUUUUUAUUUUUAUACUAUGUGCACUGUAAAUAUCAUGUUAUAUGGAUAUGGUAUUCUGUACCAAAGUAUACACUGAUCAUCCACUGGCACCACUGACAGAUGAAUAACAUUGAUUAUACAGUUACAAUGGCAUCUAUUAAGGGGUGUGAUACCGUAUAUUAGGCAGCAAGUAAACAGUCAGUGUUGGAAGCAAAAAAAAAAAAAAAAAAAAUGAGCAAGUUAAAAGAUCUGAAUGAAUUUUGCAGUGGGUACCUACUAAAAGUGAUGCAAGGAAGAAGAACUGGUGAUCCAAUAUCAAGGGCUUCCAAGGCUCAUUGAUGCACAUGAGGAGUAAAGGCUAGGCAGUCUGGUCCGAUCACACAAGAGAGCUACUGUAGCUCAGAUUGCUGAAAAACUUAAUGUUGGCUAUAAUAGAAUGCUGUCAGAACACACAGUGCAUCACAAUAUAAGGCUGCUUCACCACAGACCAGUCAAAGUGUCCAUGAUGGCCUCUGUCCACCACCGAAAGCAUCUACAAUGGCCAUGUCAGUGUCAGAACUGGACCAUGGAGCAAUGGAAGAAGGUUGCCUGGUCUCAUGAACCAUUUUAUUUUUUAGAUCAGUUGGAUGGCAGAUGCGCGUGUCAUUUCCCUGGGGAAAGGAUGGCAGCAGGAUGCACUAUGGGAAAAAGGCAGACGGAGGAAGUGUUUUGCUCUGGACAGUGUUCUGCUGGAAACGUUGGGUGCUGACAUUCAUGUGGAUGCUACUUUGACAUGUACCACCUACCUAAAGAUUACUGCAGACCAUGAACAUCUCUUCAUGGCAACAGUGUUCACUGAUGGCAGUGGCCUCUUUCAACAGGAUACGGCACUUCCAAAUGACUUUCAAUUUCCCAGAUUUCAAUCCGAUUGAGCAUCGUGCUGGACCAACAGAUCAUUGCACUUGGAAAUAAAGAUGAAGUUCUCAAGGUGAAUCCAUACCUUGAUUCUAGAGGUUAAACAACAAAAAUUCAGUUGUCAUGUCAAAGCAGUAACUAAAAAUCAGCAUAUUGUCAUGUCAAAAACACUUUUUUUAGAUGUUUGGUUUCCAGUCAAGACUUGGAGAAAUUUGUUCAUGCUUUUAUCACCAGCAGAGUGGAAUAUUGUAAUGGACUCCCCACUGGCCUUCCCAAAAAGACCAUUAGACAGCUGCAGCUCAUCCAGAACCCUGCUUCCAGGAUUCUGACCCGAACCAGAAAAUCUGAGCAUAUCAUACCAGUCCUCAGUUCCUUUCGUUGGCUUCCAGUUUCAGUUAGGAUUGAUUUCAAAGUAUUAUUAUUACUUGUUUAUAAAUCACUCAUUGGACUAGGACUUCAAUACAUUGCAGAUAUGCUUACUGAAUAUAAACCCAUCAGACCACUCAGAUCAUUAGGAUCAAGUCAGUUAGAAAUGCCAAGGGUUCACUCAAAACAAGGGGAGUCUGCUUCUUAUAUUAUGCCACCCACAGUUGGAAGCAGUUUCCAGAGGAGAUCAGAUAUGGCGAAUGCUAAAACAGAAAUCUGAAUGUUUCUGUGUUUAAGUGCUAUAAUCGGGUCCCCGGUGCAUCUACCAACCCAGGAAAUGUGAAAAAGAUGAACCCAGUAAAAAAAAAAAAAAAUUGGUAAGCCUUUCUCUGCAAGCUUGUGGAAAAAAAAUGAGUGCAUCAGAUUUCACUCCCCCUGUGAAAGGGGAUCUUAUUAUAACAUUACUGCCCCUUCUGCAGGUUUCCACCCAUAGCGCUGCCAUUGUGUUUUGGCAAGCGACAGCAGUGUACCAGUUCUAACGCCAUGGUGAAUGUUUGAGCAAAGCAUGCUGACUGUUCUGUCUUUGGCUGCACUGAUGAGCACAGAACACUAUUUAGAGUCCCAGCCUUAGAGGAGACAAUUAAGAGAGCAGUGGAUUUAUUGAUUUAUUUACUGUAUGUCACGCUGUCACCACACAGAUCUAAUAUAAACAUGCCAUUUCUUUCCCAGCUGUUUACCUUUCACAGACAUCAGACACAGCUCAUGUGUGUUUUUAAUAUAAACUUGUCUGUAUUUGACAGUUAAAGCGCAAUAAGAAAGAGAAGUUAUACUCAGAUGCUUUCUGUACAUGUGCUUCAGAUGUGUACACUCAGAAAACUGUUUAUCAGAAGUUUAUCUGAGAUACCAGCUGUAAAGGCACAGCCCUAUUCUGGAAAAGGGGGCGGGGAGCAUCAGCUCAUUUGCAUUUAAAGAGACAUGCAUAAAAACAGCGUGUUUCGCUUCCGCUCAUAUCCAACAUUUUGGCAUAUUCAAAAUUAUAUAAUAAAUGAUCUGUGGGGUAUUUUGAGCUGAAACUUACCAGACACAUUCUGGGGACACAUGAGACUUGUAUUACAUCUUGUAAAAAUGAGCAUAUAGGUCUCCUUUAAAUCCACACUGAAAACACAUCUGUUUAUCUGUACAUUUACCGAAUGAGCACUGUGCUACGGUAUGUCCGAAUAGUUGCACUGCAUUUUAUGUAUCUUCAUAUUUUUUAUUAUUAUUCUUAACUGUUUUAGUUAAUUUUAAAUCAUUUUAAAAUGUGUUCCUUGCUUUUAUUAUUGUGAUUAUUUUUUAUGAUUAUUUUAAUUUGUUUUCUGUAAAGCACUUUGAAUUACCAUUGUGUAUGAAAUGUGCUAAAUGAAUAAACUUUUCUUGCCUUGCCUAAAGCAUGGGUUCUCAGCUCUUGCCCUUGAGGCCCACGUUCCUACAUAGUUUAGCUCCAACCUUGAUCAAACUCACCUUUCUGUAGCUUUCUAGUAACCCAAAGACCUUGAUUAGCCUGUUCAAGUGUGUUGGAGCUAAACUCCUCGGGUGCCAGAGUUGAGAACCCCUGAUUUAAAGGAUCAGAUACCACAGGAUAUGUUCAGAGGUCCUGUAGAGUCUAUUCCUCACUGCAUCAGAGAUGUUUUGGCCACACAAGUGGGGACUAAAUAGUAUCAGGCAGGUUGUUGUAACAUUGUGGCUGAUCAGUGUAUCACAAUGCCAAGGUAUUACUCUCCGAUACAAUCACUGUACCAUGGUACCACCAUAGUGCUUUUUUGUAAAUACCACAUUAUGCAAACUGUAAUCAAUAUUUGUUAACCCAAAAAUGAAGAUUCUCUUAAAACCUUUAUAACGUUCUUAUACUUCAUAGUGGCAUGUUACUUGUCCCUUCAUUUUGAUAUAAUUUUGAUUUCAAAAUAAAUUCACAGCUGUCUGGAGCCAUGGUUUUAGUUCAGUUUGGACUUUGUUUACAUUUGCACAUUUCCCCUGACUUUGUUACUUAUGGUUGAUGAUUUGAUUUGCUGUCUUUGUUCAGCUGUGUCUCCUCAUUAGCCUGUGUAUGUAAGUUCCUGUGUGUUCAGUUUUAGUUGACCAGUCUCGUCAAUGUUACUUCUGUGUUGUGCUCUAUCUACCCUGUGUUUGGAUUAAAGAUGUUUGAAACACA